AUGAGUCCGCCUACUCCCGUUCUCUCCCGGGCAGAAGUGCUGCGGCGAUACGAAAAACAGCUAAGUGAUCCGGCCAAAUACAACUGCUCGCUCAAGUCGAUUUCCCAAAACGAGUGUACGUUCCGUGUUUCGCCGGACUCCUCCACAGUCCAAGAGACCAUUUGCAUUCCCUUCAAGCGGCUUUUCCAGCGGUGUCUAGUUCCGUAUGCGAAAAAGGUGAACGGAAAAAAGGAAACGGCGCUGCGGUGGGUCAACAUUGAGAUCACAGAUGCCGAGACCAAUGAGCCUGUGCGGGCCAAGUACGGCGAAGAAGUCAAGCGUUUUCUUGAGGCAGAGCAGGACUUGGUCCGAUGGAUGGAUGCGACGAUGCGCAAGCAGGACUAG